AUGAAUGUGAUCUUUAAAAUAGAUGAACGGCAGAAUCGAGCAGAAAAGGAAUACAUGUUUUGUAUAUCUCGAAGUGAUGAUCCGCUAUUCAUAUAUACACUGACGUUGAGACGAACUGAUUAUGAGUCACUAAAACGAGAUCAAGAAUUAGAUGUUGAUUUCGAUGCAUUUCCGAAGAAAAUUAUCGAUUUUAUUACUUCUUUAGACAGUAGCUCUGGGUCUUAUCUUCGGGGAAACGGUCAUAACGAUAACGAUACAUUUAGAUUUGAGUUAGUUGGAAAAAUGGGCUUCAAAUGGGUUACAAUUCUUUCGUUAUCUCUUCAAAAAUUAACUGAUAAAGCCCUUACAAUGCAUCUUGCUGAAAAGAUCUUGAAGGAUAAGGAAUAUUUAAAAGAAAUGGAUGCUUUGCGUGAUUUAUUCUUGGCAGAACAAGCGGACAACAAUAGUUUACGGAAUUCAUUAUUAAUGAAAGAAACAAUUCAUGAAGAAAGUAUGCGGAAGUGGGAUGAAGAGCGCUCUGAAAUUACUGAAUGCGUUAAGAAGCUUGAGGUAUUGAAUGAGGAACUCACUGCUGAUAAAGAGCUUCAGUCAUUGAUCAUGGCAUAUGCUUUACAACUAAAUCAGUUAUUCAAUUUACAGAUGCUCACACAAGAAGUAAGCACAUUAAAAGAAGAAGCGGUAGAUUUUCGUGAUCGAAUCGAUGACUUAAUGGAACAGCUUAAUCAACUAGAAGGUCGAAUACAAUUUUUCACUGAAGAGCUUGCUGCAUCUGAGAACCGAUUCCGAAAUUCUGAGCAAAGGAAAGAAGAAUUAGAAUUAGAAUUAAGAGAUAAAGAAGAGGAAACGCGUGGACGUGUACUGCAGCUACGUGAAUUAAGAGAUGCAAUUAAUGAUGUUGGAAAAGAAAAUGAUGAAUUAUGCGAAAAAAUGGUAUUUCUGAAGAAGGAUAGGGAUCACUGGCAGAGUGAGCAUAAUAAAGCCGUUUCAAUCAUUAAAAAACUUUAUGGCGAUAAAACUCGUCGUGACGUAAGUGGUGAGUACGAGCAUUUGAAUGAAAAAGUAAUUGAACUGGAAAAAGAUUUGGUGGAGCGUGAAAAAACCAUCAAUGAUUUACGAAAUUGGAAUGCUGAGCUUAAAAAAAAGUUGGAAAAUGCAUCUUCUGAAUGUGAGAAUGCAAAAAAAGAUGCUGAAGCGUGGAAAGUUAAAUGUGACAGAAAGGAAUCGGUGAUAAAUGAUCUUAUCCAAAGCCGUCGGUCAUCCCCAGUUGUUAGUCCAUUACAACAAACAGGCUCAAAUUUCGGAAACGUUACACCAUCCUUUUAUCCACGUGUUUUAGGAGUGGCGAAUUGGACUGCUCAAAUAACUACACCCUUACGGAAUGUCGGAGCUGUUUCAAAAACAACCGAUCAACAAAAAGAAAAUGAACUAAAUUCAGUAGCUGUAACACCGCCGACUGGACCCCAAAUAUUAUUGGGAAUGGCAAAAGAAAAAAUUUAA